AGACAGUGGGAGAGAAGGGUAGACAAGGAUAGAUAGAGAUAUAGAAAGCUAGGAGAAAGAUUAGUCUUGUCUAGACUCUGGGUCGAGAAGGUCAACACAGUCGACAGGAUGUCUGAUUUAAUGUGGGGAGGGGUCCCUUUUCAAAUUCCAAGCAAAACGGCCAUGAAGUAUAUCAGCAGAGCUGUUAAAGUUAAGCGAGAAUGUGAAAUUCCUGUUGGCGGCCGAUAUAAUGCUCGGAAAACUAUGGAACGAGAGAUCCCCGGUCAUAAGCAGUGCAGAGCUGAUAUGCUUGAUAGUUAUGAAAACUAUAAUUUGAUGAAAAGACGAGCUAGGACAGAACCAAGGAUGGAACCUUGUUCAGGGGUCAGUGCUUCUAAAUUAUCCGCAGGGCAUGAGUACCUGGUCCCCUUGGAUCCUAUUUACUAUCAUGAGAAAUCCUGCUGCUUCAGGAAUACGCUGACCCGCUGCCCUCUCUUCAGAUCUACUAAACCGGUUAUAGGAAUGACGGAGCCGAGAGCUGAAAAGUUUAUAGGUAUGGUGGAUACCAGGAUAAGGAUUCCAGGAUAUAUUGGAGGGAGACGGAUUAGAGAUACAGGCUUUGCUGGACUCAGCACUUUAAUCUAACCAGGAGAUAAGAGGGUUCCUGGUGGAAAGAAGAAACCCUGGAGCUUCGAGAUCGAAAUAUAAAUUUAUGAAAAUUAAAAACGAAAUACAUAAUUUUUUAUAAUAGA